AUGUCUGUUUCUACCGCCUCUACAGAGAUGUCGGUUAGGAAGAUCGCUGCUCAUAUGAAAAGCAACCCCAACGCUAAAGUAAUCUUUAUGGUGGGUGCCGGGAUAUCCACUUCUUGUGGGAUACCAGACUUCCGAUCUCCGGGAACUGGCCUGUACCAUAACUUGGCCAGGUUGAAGUUGCCGUACCCUGAAGCAGUGUUCGAUGUCGAUUUUUUCCAAUCGGAUCCUUUGCCAUUUUACACUUUGGCUAAAGAGUUGUAUCCCGGAAAUUUCAGACCUUCUAAGUUUCACUAUCUUUUGAAAUUGUUUCAAGACAAAGACGUUUUGAAGAGAGUAUAUACCCAGAAUAUAGACACUUUAGAAAGACAGGCCGGUGUUAAGGAUGAUCUGAUCAUCGAGGCCCAUGGCAGUUUUGCUCACUGUCAUUGUAUCGGAUGUGGUAAAGUUUAUCCCCCACAGGUUUUCAAAUCCAAGCUGGCAGAGCAUCCUAUAAAGGAUUUUGUCAAGUGUGAUGUGUGCGGUGAACUGGUAAAGCCGGCAAUAGUUUUUUUUGGCGAAGAUCUACCGGAUUCCUUUUCGGAAACUUGGUUAAACGAUUCAGAGUGGCUUCGUGAAAAAAUCACGACAUCUGGAAAACAUCCUCAGCAGCCUCUUGUCAUCGUCGUUGGCACCUCACUAGCCGUUUAUCCCUUUGCGUCUCUGCCCGAAGAAAUUCCUCGAAAGGUAAAAAGAGUUCUGUGCAAUUUGGAAACGGUGGGCGAUUUUAAAGCUAACAAGAGGCCUACAGAUUUAAUAGUUCAUCAGUACUCGGAUGAGUUUGCCGAGCAACUCGUUGAAGAAUUAGGUUGGCAAGAAGAUUUCGAAAAGAUACUUACGGCCCAAGGUGGAAUGGGGGAUAACUCUAAAGAGCAAUUACUUGAAAUUGUACAUGAUUUAGAGAAUUUGAGUUUGGAUCAAUCUGAACAUGAGAGUGCAGACAAGAAGGAUAAGAAGCUACAGCGUCUCAAUGGCCAUGACAGCGAUGAAGAUGGAGCAAGCAACUCCUCUUCUUCACAAAAAGCCGCUAAAGAAUAA